AUGGCAAUUGAUGAUGAUAAAUGUAAAUAUACCAUGGUCAUGGGAGACUUUAAUGCAAAGGUUGGUAAAAGAAAGGGCGAAUCAUGUAUUGAUAAUUGCGGCAUUGGGAAUAGAAAUGAAAAUGGAGAAAAGUUGGUGGAAUUUGUAGAGGGAAAUAAAUUUUACAUAAUGAAUACAUUUUAUAAUAAAGCUAAUGAUAAGAAAUGGACGUGGAUUAGCCCGGAUGGACAAACAAAGAACGAAAUUGAUUUUUUCAUAGUAGACAAGGGAGAAAUCAUACAAAACGUAGAAAUUGAACAGAAAAUAGAUAUCGGUAGUGAUCACAGAGCGAUAAAGAUGACAGUACAGAUAAUCAAGAAACGACAGAUACCGUGCGUAAAGAAAAUGAUAAGUUACAAAUCUACUGAUGAAUUGAAAAGAGAAAACUUUGAAGACCGAAUAAAAUGCGAAUUACGUUUGGAGGAAAUUCUAGCUAACCCUAACAUAGAAAACCAAAACCAUAUAAUAACUAAGGCAAUAACAAAGGUUACAAAGGAUAUUCAAAAAGAUACAAAAAAAGAAAAACAGAGGUCAAAUUUACCAUGCAAUAUACGUAAACUAUUAAAUAAAAGAAAAACAAUAAAGAGAUCAGGAAGAGAAAAGAUUGAAUACACAGAAAUAUCAAAAUUAAUAAGGAAACAAUGGAAAGAAUGGUCAUAUAACAAAAAGAUAAUAGAAUUAGAAGAUGCAAUUACUACGGGAGGAAGUAUAAGAAAAAGUGUGAGACAACAAUCACUGGGACAAAGCAAAAUAAUAGUAAUGAAAGAUAAAAACGGUAUGAGCAAAGGGGAAGAUGCAGAAAUAUUAACAUAA